GAUACAAUUUUGGCUUCGAAUAUAUCCGUUACCGAGUUUCUUGAAGUUCUUAUUGCUGAGCCUCAGAUACGCCAUCUUUGGGUCCUAGUGCAAGUAUGUUUAUCUUAUCAAUUUUUAAAGCUCGUUCUUAAUAGGCUAUCUUCAUCCCUUGUCCAUACCCUGUUUCAAUCUGACUUUUUUGUCACUCCCAUUGCAUAUGAAUCGCUCACUACUUGCGUUGCAUCCCCGGGUAAAUCUGGGAGCUUCUACCGUCUGCGAAUCUGUGAUACCGAAUUGGCACUUUUCAAAGACGAUGAUGAUGAUAGCGCUACCCACGUAUGGCCAUGGGAAGAGGUCGGUGAACCAAAGUGCAGAAAGACGGAAAUUCGUAUGCCCUGGUUGAUCACGGAUGAACGACCUCAGCUGGCACCUAUUUUGGCGGACGUUCUACAGUCAACGCGGCCAGAAAACUUGAAUGAAGCAAGGCGUCGCAAAUUAAGUCGAGCAGACUCCAUUCCAUCACCUGUUGUGUUCGACGCCAAGUAUCACUUCACCAUCACUGUCUUUGUCAAGGACAUCAACGCGAGCAGCAAACUUGUUUACCAAAUCACUUGUAUCCGCGCCAUGGCAUUCGCCAAUGGCACCCAACCUGCUCCCGAGCUAGAGAGCAACUCCUUCCGCGAGGGCAACUUGAUCACAGUCGAUCAGGCAUCAAAAAGGAAAACUCAAAAAAAGAAGGGAUUUUCAUUGUGCGGGCUCAAUUGUAUGGGAAGAAAAAUAAAGGAUGAGGUGGAUGAUAACUUGGCUUUUUGCCCAUCUCAGCGGUCUGCGGAUUAUACACAAGGUCGUCCCUCUGCGACUGAGGUCGCUCCUUCACAGAUCCUUCAGGUAGUUGAGUCGCCUUCCCCACCACAGCGAAGGCGUUCUAGCUCCACCAUCAAGCAGACGACCAGCAAGGAGGAUGCUACUGCAACACCGAACUGUUCCACCCAGUCAUCAACCGACAAGAAUCUCGUCACUUCGACUCCCGAUGUGUUGGUGUCUAAUGAAACUCAAGAAUCUGUAUCCAACAUAUCGCCUCCUAUACAAAAUGAUUUUUCAUCUGCUAAUCUUUCCCGUUGUCCUACCUAUACCAAAUCGGACGCUGCAAGAAUGACGAGUCCAAAGGGAGGAGAAAACGCGGACAACUGCACCGAAAGGUCUCAGGUCUCUCCAGUCCCGUCACCGAAGAGGCGUGAAACAAGCGCAUCACCGUCAAGUCCGGCUAAAGCAUCCGCGACUCCUUACUCUGGCAUUCCACUGCCCCGAAACCCAACCAGAGCCAUGGUUGGUACCACUCAUCACUCGCCUUCUCCAUCUGGAGAGUUUAUGGACAGUGAGGAUUCUGGUCAUAAGUUGAUGCAACGUCAAUCCAUUUCGAAGAUUUGA